AUUUCGAUCGACGCUGGGCAUACAACGACGACGUUUCAUCAUCAUGGCCAGAAGUGUAACAAGAAUCCUCCUCCGUGGCUCAGCCGUAUCCGUGAAGUGGGCUCCCUUCUCAACCGCUGCGCCUGCUGUCUCCAGUAACUCUCAGAAUCAACCUUCAGACAAAGAUAAUCGGUCAACAUGGUCCAAGAUUUUUCUUUUCAUACCAGGAGCUAUCACAUUUGGUCUUGGCACUUGGCAAAUCUUCAGAAGACAAGAAAAGGUUGAGAUGCUAGAGUACAGACAAAAUAGAUUGGAGAUGGAACCUCUAAAGUGUAAUGAUGCUACACAUUCAAGUGAAGAUCUGAAUAAUCUGGAGUUCAGGAAGGUGCUUUGUAGAGGGGUUUUCAAUGAGGAGAAGUCUGUCUAUGUGGGCCCCCGUUCUAGAAGCAUUUCAGGGGUGACAGAAAACGGCUACUACAUUAUUACUCCUCUUGAGCCAGUCUCUAAUGACCCAGAGAGCACCCAAUCACCAAUUCUCGUCAAUAGAGGAUGGGUUCCACGCAGUUGGAGGGACAAGUCUCUAGAAGUGUCAAAUAAUGAUAAACAGCCUUCAACUCCAAUAUCGUCGUCCAUUCCAGAAAAUGAAAAAAGUUCCUGGUGGAGAUUUUGGUCAAAGAAACCCAAGUAUAUAGAGGAAGAAGUUCCUUCUGUAGUAGCUCCUGUAGAAGUUAUUGGAGUUGUUCGAGGAAGUGAAAAGCCUAGCAUAUUCGUUCCGGCAAAUGAUCCAAGUUCCUACCAGUGGUUUUAUGUUGAUGUUCCUGCAAUUGCACGUGCUUGUGGGUUUCCUAAUACCACACUCUACAUUGAAGACGUCAAUGAGAAUGUUGAUCCCAGCAAUCCAUACCCAGUUCCAAAGGAUUUAAAUACAUUGAUUAGCAGUUCUGUAAUGCCUCAAGACCAUCUUAACUACAUGUUGACAUGGUAUUCUCUGUCAGCUGCAGUGACAUUCAUGGCUUUUAAAAGACUUAAGCCAAAGAAAGGGCAUAGAUAGCAAUCCAUAAGCGAGAGGCAUCAACAAUCUUGUUUAGUUAUGGCAAACACUGACAUUCUUGAUUCACAAGUAAAUCCUCUUAUAUCUUUCAGCAAUAGAUGUUUUUCUGUCUAAGCAGUCAGGGAAAAAACUCGGAACCUGUUCUAUAUUACCAUUACCAUUACCAACCAGCAUUGCAUUCAUUGAGAUGCUACUGACAGAGAUCCAAAUUGUUUGGAAGUGGUGACAUUGCUGAAAAGUGAAAACGUUGCCAAUUUUGAUGGGUGAAGAAAAGACUACAUUGUGGUAUUUGUUCUCCGUUUUUAAGAUUCUGUUUCAAUUUUACCCAAGUUCAGAUAAUUUUAGACUUCAUUUUUUAGAUUUUAGAACUUCAUAUGGCCUGCUAAAUUGGUCAUUGUCAAAUUUUCAUCACACAGUUUAAUGUACUUUCUUUUAAAAAAAUAAUCCCCAUUCAUUGCA